GCGUAAACCGAGAAGUGGAUCCUGCGCCGACGAUUGAUUCCACUGAACCUCACCAUCAUCACCGUUACAUCGGACAAUGCUGCGAGUCAGGUGUCUGAGAGGAGGUAGCAGGGGGGCCGAGGCUGCCCAUCUGAUCGGAGCCAUGCUCGGCCGCUCAGUGACCGGAUGGGUUCACAGGGCGUUCCAGAGCACCUCAAGUGCAGCAGCUGUUCAGUCCCAGUCUGCAGUAGAAGAGGAGCAUGUUACUGGACUCGUACAGCAGGACUGUCCCGUCAGCUGCUUCAAUGAAUGGGACCCUCUGGAGGAGGUGAUUGUGGGUCGUGCUGAAAAUGCCAAUGUCCCUCCCUUCACUGUGGAAGUGAAAGCUAACACAUAUGAGAAGAACUGGCCCUUCUUCCAGAAGUAUGGUGGCCAGCCUUUUCCUGCGGACCACUUGAAAAAAGCUGUUGCUGAGAUUGAAGAAAUGUGCAAUAUCCUGCGUCACGAAGGCGUCAAUGUGAGGAGGCCGGAGCCCAUCGACUGGUCCCUGAACUACACCACUCCAGAUUUCUCAUCCUCCGGUUUGUACGCUGCCAUGCCCAGAGACAUCCUCUUAGUUGUGGGAAAUGAGAUCAUCGAGGCCCCUAUGGCCUGGAGAUCUCGCUUUUUCGAGUACCGGGCCUACAGACCUUUGAUGAAGGAAUACUUCAAUAAAGGUGCUAAAUGGACCACGGCUCCCAAACCCACCAUGGCUGACGAGCUGUACGAUCAGGACUACCCCAUGCGCACCGUGGAGGACAGACACAAGCUGGCCGCCCAGGGGAAGUUUGUAACCACGGAGCACGAGCCCUGUUUCGAUGCUGCUGAUUUCAUUAGAGCCGGGAGGGACAUUUUUGUCCAGAGGAGUCAGGUUACAAAUUAUAUGGGAAUUGAAUGGAUGCGUCGUCAUCUGGGAUCAGACUACAAGAUCCACAUAAUCUCAUUCAAAGAUCCCAACCCCAUGCACAUCGACGCCACUUUCAACAUCAUCGGGCCUGGACUGGUGCUGUCUAACCCUGAUCGCCCGUGUCACCAGAUUGAGAUGUUCAAGAAGGCUGGCUGGACUGUGGUGAAACCUCCAACGCCUCUGAUGCCUGAUGACCACCCACUGUGGAUGUCCUCCAAAUGGCUGUCCAUGAAUGUCCUGAUGUUGGACGAGAAGCGUGUUAUGGUUGAAGACAAUGAAACCACCAUUCAGAAAAUGUUUGAGAAACUUGGUAUCAAGACCAUAAAGGUGAGCAUUCGCCAUGCCAACUCCCUGGGUGGUGGCUUCCACUGCUGGACAACCGAUGUCCGCCGCCGUGGUACCCUGCAGUCCUACUUCCACUAGCCUUGCCAGAAAUAGGCAGUUUCUAUUGAGCUUUAAAGAUUAAAGCCUCUGUUCUUUCUUUAAAUCCAAUGUAGAAGUUAAUGUCAGUCUAUCGUUGUUUUGCAUCCCGCGCUGCGAUACAACAAACUAAAGUUUCCAAAUCUCAAACCCUGAUUUAAAACCUAUUUGCAUUUGAAAUGUGUAUGUUCACAUGAGUGAAUCCAGCUGAUAACGUUAUAAUCUCGUGAUGGCAGGUGGCGCCAGAGAGACGUCUUCCUGAUGAACGUGUAGGAAUUGUUUUUAGUUGACAUCGCUGUGCAUCACAAUGCCUUUGCCAACAGCUUUGUUCAGAUAUAUACAAUAUAUGCUCAACAGUAACAAAUACUUCAGUCAGUAAUCUCAAUAUUAACUGCAUUUCUGGCCUGGCUAUUGUGAAGCCACAACUUUGAGGACAAGGUACAAUUUGGUAUGUGAAUCUCAUCGAACUAGGGCACAGGAGGAGAGACGCUGCCUCCUCACCAAAACUCGGACAUCUUAAUUCUUCCAAAGUAUUUUUAUUUUUAUUUGAAGAAAUGUGUAAAAGUUGUUCCAUAGGUCAUGAAACAAUUUUAAUUUCUUAUCGCUGGUAUAUUAUUUUGUAAAGAUUUUAAUUGAUUGAACAGACAAAGUUCUAUUUAUAUUUUUCAUACUCUUUAUUGGAUGUCCCAACAAUUAGUGUUUUUAUAUAUAUACUUAAAAAGUAUGCGGUCCAUAUCAGAUGUUGUAUACCUUUUGCCUCUGCUGUUUUCUCCUAUGGCAAAUCUGGGCCAGUUAUAUGCAAAUAGUCCUUCUCAUUGAACUGCUUGGCUGCUUGUGUGUGCAAAGCAAAAAACGCCUAAAAGAGUGAAAAAGGUUUUGUUGUGAAGAUGAAUGUUUUAUGAUUCCUUUUGUUGGAAAUACAGUCGGAUGUCUUGAGAUUUAUGUUAAAACCACGAAUUCAAGGGAAGUUAACGGCUCAGCAGAGGAACUAAUGUGAUGCUUUGUAUUAUGCAACAUUAUUAUGUUAAUUAAAAAGAGUUGUGUCA